AUGUCCGUUCGCUCUUUCACAGUCUUCCAGGACACUCCAACCGAGAUUCAGAAGAUCACUCAUGUUAGCGAUAAAAAUCUCGUCAUAACAACUGCUGCGGAUGCUGCUGCCACAUUGCUAUCAACCCUUGCCGCUAUCGAGAAGGAGAACCUUCAUCCGCUUACCGGCGAACGCGCUGCCCAAGCCACGGCUAAUGCAUCCAAGAAGCGCAAGACAGCAGUUCUGGUCACAAAAGUCGUAGCUCCUCCGCUAUCUUCCAAGAAGCAGAAAGAAGUAAAGUCAGAGCCGAAGAAAUCGCGUAAAUCGUCUAGUGGCAAGAAAAGUGAUGGGCGGAAAAAAAUUCCUAGAGGCUCACGCCCUCAACGCAACGCUUCCCCUUUGCCAAGAGUUGAUGAGGAACAGGAGCUUUCAACUGCGACUCCAAUGAAGCGAGACCCCACUCGUCUUAUCAUUUCCCAGGCCAAUAUAGAUUCCAAGUGUUAUGAGCUUACCGUCUCACCAUUGGCAGACGUUUCUGAAGCAUAUGAUACCGCUACGGAAACCUCUGACCAAGAGUCUGUAUUUGACAAAGAACAGUCUGUGGAACCUGAAAUUCGCGACUACUUCUCGCCCCCACUAUCGCACGCCUCGUUACCAUCUGAGCAAGCGGAAGCUACUCCUCUUGCUUCAAGGACAGCUUCCCAUACCGAAUUCUCCACUCCAGAACGCAAACAGAUCUACUCGGCAUUUACCUUUUCAUCUCCGUCGCCUUCAUCGAAACGUUUUAAGGAAGCUCAGUCAUCCCCCCAGAACAAGACCAACGCCUCCCACUCAGAAUAA